AUGCAUAAUAAUAUCAAUAAUGGUGUAAACACAAUAACAAUAAUACCUAUAACGCCGAACCAGGACGUGGCACCACUUUGUCGGCGACCAACGGCCGUUCGUCGUUGUGCGAUCAUACCAUGCCAUCCGACGCUAAUCAGGGGUAUAAAUAGGAGACCGAUUCAUCGAUUCCGGCAUAACACAUUUUUUGUGCAAAUCUAUUCUUUGUCUUUUACUCUAUUUCACUCCAAGAAAAACCAACCAAAACCAAAAAUGGGCGCAGAAAAGGUAUCCAUGAACAUCGUUGUCGUCGGUGAAGUCCAAUCUUGUAAGGCCAUCAACAAGGUCGCCAAAGCCGCACCAGCCACCAGCCACCAAUUGAUGAACUGUUAAUUCAAAAUGUAAUUCAUCCAUCGCAAACUCAAAAAUGCCAUAGCCCAAACAGUACGUGUAUCUAAUCAAUAUCAUGUAUUGACAUAACAAAAUAUACCAAUCUUUUCCGUAA